CUGCUUUUGCUCUGCAUUUUGCAUUUCCCUUCCUUCAUUUCCUUCGAUUUCCAAAGAAGAAACCAUGGCUGAGAUUGCAACCAUUUUUGUCUCUCCCUUCCUUCAAGUGUUUUUUGAAAAAAUGGCAUCUAGUGAGUUCGUUGACUUCUUUCGGCAACGAAAACUCUCCGAUAGACUCCUGAAGGAGUUGAAGACAACAUUCCUGACCCUCAAUGCAGUGUUUGAAGAUGCAGAAGAGUUGCAAGUUACGAAGACUUCAGUGAAAGAGUGGCUUGAUGAGCUGAAAGAUGCAAUCUAUGAUGCAGAGGAUGUCUUGGAUGAGGUUGCAUCUGAAGAGUUGCGAAGCAAGGUACGAAAGUUAUCCAUCUCUGCUUUUCGUAAUUCUUUUGUCAAAGAGAUAGAGCUAAAGAUAAAAAAGGUACUUGAAAGACUAAAAAUUCUAGCACAACAAAUAGAUCUUUUAGGUCUAAGAGUAGGUGUUGGAGGGAAAUUAUCUGAAAGAUUGCCCACAACUUCUUUAGUUGAAGAAUCUGAUAUUUGUGGUAGGAAUGAUGAAAAGGAAGCGAUCAUUAAAAUGUUGCUCUCAGAUGAUGUAAGCAUCAAUGAGAUGUGUAUAAUUGCCAUAGUUGGCAUGGGAGGAAUUGGCAAGACCACCCUUGCUCAGUCUGUAUACAAUAACAACAAGGUGAAGGAGCACUUUAACAUUGAUGCAUGGGUUUGUGUUUCAGAAGAAUUUGACGUGGUCAAGGUAACGAAAACAAUUCUGGAGGCAGUAACUUCGUCAAUUUCUGAUAUUAAGGAUUUAAAUCAGCUUCAACUUAGACUAAAGGAGUGUUUAACGAGAAAGAAGUUUCUACUUGUUUUAGAUGAUGUUUGGAAUGAGACUUAUGAUCACUGGGAGACAUUAUGCAAACCGUUCAAAUAUGGGGCACAAGGAAGUAAGGUAAUUGUAACAACACGUAGUGAUCGUGUUGUAUCAGUAGCUAGAGCAAUGUCUCAUCGUCUAAUGGAGUUACCAGAAGAAGACUGCUGGUCACUAUUUGCAAAGCAUGCAUUCCAUGAUGGCAACUCUAAUGCACAUGGAGAGUUAGAAGUAAUAGGUAGAAAAAUCAUCAAAAAGUGUGGAUGCCUUCCAUUAGCAAUCAAGACAAUUGGUGCUCUAUUAAGAUCUAAACCAGAUGUUGAUGAAUGGGAUAAGAUAUUGAGGAGUGAAUUAUGGGAUUUGUCAAUUGAUGAGAUAGGAAAUAUUCUUCCUGCUCUCAGAUUAAGCUAUAAAUAUCUCCCAUCACAUCUAAAGCGAUUAUUUGCUUAUAGCUCAAUCUUUCCAAAGGAUUAUGCUUUCAAAAAAGACCAGUUAAUCAUGUUAUGGAUGGCAGAAGGUUUCCUCCCGCAAUCCACAAACAAAACAAUGGAAGAAGUUGGUAAUGAGUAUUUCCUCACUCUAGAAUCAAGAUCAUUAUUCCAAAAAUCUAGUAACGACAAGUCACGUUUUAUAAUGCACGAUCUUGUGAACGAUUUAGCAAAAUCUAUAUCUGGAAAUUUUAUUUUAAGGUUGGAGGGUGAUUGUUCUCACGAUAUUGUAAACAAUACUCGCCACAUAUCCUAUUUUUUCAAACAAGAUUUUCAUAGCUUGAAGAAGUUUGAGACCCUUGACAAGGCUAAGAGGUUGCGCACUUUCCUACAUUUUGAUAUGAGAAGUUUCAAAUGGUCCUCCUACUACUUGACCAAAAAGGUAAUACAUGAUUUGUUGACGACACUAAGAUGUUUACUGGUGCUUUCUUUGUCGAGCUACGAGAACAUUACUGAAUUGCCAGAUUCAAUUGGCAAAUUUAAAUAUCUACGUUACUUGGACCUUUCUUUCACUAAUGUGAAAAUAUUGCCUCAUUCUAUAUGUAAGUUGUGCAAUUUGCAAACAUUGAUCUUAUUAAAUUGUAGAGAGCUCGCUUCAUUGCCAAGAGAUAUGCGGAAACUCGUUAGUUUACGUUAUCUUGAUAUUAUCGGAACUGGCAUAAAAGAGAUGCCAAUACAACUUGGUGAAUUAAAAUGCCUCCAGACGUUGACUAAAUUUAUCGUUGGCAAAGGUAAUGAGUUGUGCAUUGGAGAGUUAAAAAAAUUCACAAAUCUUCGGGGAUCGCUUUCAAUAUUGGAGCUCCAAAAUGUUGAAUCUCCUACUGAUGUUCUGAAUGCAGCAAGCUUAAGGGAUAAAAAGUAUCUCGAAGAGUUGGUAUUGGGAUGGAAAGAUGGUAAUAAUUUUUCAGAAAGUCAAAGAAGUGUACUCGAUAGUCUCCGACCCCAUACAAACUUGAAAAGUCUAACUAUUGAAUACUAUGGUGGUAAAAGCUUUUCAGAUUGGGUAGGGCAUCCUUCAUUCUCUAAUGUUGCAUCUCUUUAUCUAGAAAGCUGUAAAUGUUGCAGCAGCUUGCCACCCCUUGGGCAAUUACCCUCUCUGCAAAACCUCUCUAUUGUUGGGUUUGAUGAAGUUGUUAGAGUGGGUCAUGAGUUUUGUGGCAGUAGUUCUUCUUCAGUUAAGCCAUUUGGUUCCCUUAAAGUUCUUAUGUUGAAGGAGAUGCCAAAGUGGGAGGAAUGGGUUUCUUUUGGUGACGAAAAUGGAGGUGGAGCUUUUCCUCAACUUGAGAAGCUUUAUAUUAGGGACUGUCCUAAGCUAAUAGGAGGGUUGCCGGUCCAUUUUUCUUCUUUAUCCAAACUUGAUAUUAUCAAAUGUCCACAGUUGGUGGCUCCGCUCCCAGUAACUCCUACUAUUCGUGAAUUGAAGCUCAACAAUUGUAAUGAGAUAUUGUUAAAGGAAUUGCCAACUGGAAUGGAGAAGCUCGUAAUUGAAGGAUUUAAUGCCCUGGUGUCCUUACCGAAGGGAAUGAUAGACUCGAACAACGGUCUUCAAGAGUUUCAAAUCUAUAAUUGUUCUUCACUUAUGUCCCUUCCAAAUGAUGGUCUUCCCUUUGCAUUAAAAACCCUUGAGAUUAACGGUUGUAAGAAGUUAGAGCUCUCAACAAACUUCGACUACUCAUCCCUUGAAAAAUUGUGUUUGCGGGAUUUCGAUUCUCUCAAGUCCUUUCCAUUAGAUUUAUUCCCAAAGCUUUAUCACAUCGAAAUCAACUGGUGUAGCAAUCUGGAAUCUCUUACCAUUCCAGAACAUUAUGAACAUGAUUUAGUCACCUUGCGGAUUCGUAUCUCUUCUUGCCCUAAUUUUGUAUCUUUUCCAAAAGGAGGAUUGUGUGCCCCCCUCCUUACAUCGUUAUGGAUCAGUUGUUGUGAGAAUCUGAAAUCACUUCCAGAAAAAAUGCACAUACUCCUAUCUCUUGAGAGCUUGCAUAUAGAAUCCUGUCCAGAAGUUGAGUCGUUUCCUGAAGGGGGCUUGCCCUCCAAUCUGAACUCAAUUAUCAUUUGGCAUUGUGAGAAACUCAUUGCGAGUCGGAUGGGAUGGGGUUUGCAGAACCUGCCCAUUCUUAAACAUUUCUCAAUCGGUGGCAAAAAUGAAGAUUUGGAGUCUUUCCCAGAGGCACAGUUGCUGCCCACUAGUUUGACCUUUAUUUCCAUCUGGAACUUUCCAAAUUUGAAAUCUUUGGACAAGAAGGGGCUUCAACACCUCAUUGCUCUUGAAGAUUUGCGUAUCUGGAGCUGCCCUAAGCUUAAGUACAUGCCAGAACAGGGGUUACCUGCCUCCCUUUCUAUUCUAAACAUCUCUGAUUGUCCUUUAUUGAAGAAAGAGUGGCAAAGUAAAAAAGGGAAAGAAUGGCGCAAGAAGAUUGCUCACGUUGAACAGAUAUGGAUUGAUGACGAAGUGAUUGAAUUGAAUAAGCUACAAGAUUUCUCAAAUUUCGGUACGUGA